AACCCCACCCAGUCCACAGACCCUUCUAGUCUGCAGCUGUCGUCUUUGCUUAAGCCGCUGCCACCGCUGGCGGGUUGAGGUGCUCUGGCCAGUCUUUGCCAGGUGUGUGACUUAAUCCGCCUCCGCAGCCAGAUCUUUAUCCGUGGGUUCGUCGGCUAAGACCGCUGCCAUGCCGGUGACAGUGACCCGCACCACCAUCACGACCACCACGUCAUCGUCCUCGGGCCUGGGGUCCCCGACCAUCGUGGGGUCUCCCCGGGCCCUGGCCCACCCCUUGACCCUCCUGCGCCUGCUGCAGCUGGUAUCCACCUGCGUGGCCUUCUCGCUGGUGGCCAGCGUGGGUGCCUGGAUGGGACCCAUGGGCAACUGGUCCAUGUUCACGUGGUGUUUCUGCUUCGCCGUGACCUUGGUCAUCCUCAUCGUGGAGCUGGGCGGUCUCCAGUCGCGCUUCCCCCUGUCUUGGCGUAACUUCCCCAUCACCUACGCCUGCUACGCGGCCCUCUUCUGCCUGUCGGCUUCCAUCAUCUACCCCACCACCUACGUCCAGUUCAUGUCCCAUGGUCGCUCGCGGGACCACGCCAUUGCCGCCACCUUCUUCUCGUGUAUCGCCUGCGUGGCCUACGCCACCGAGGUGGCCUGGACCCGGGCACGGCCCGGUGAGAUCACUGGCUAUAUGGCCACCGUGCCGGGGCUGCUCAAGGUGCUAGAGACCUUCGUGGCUUGCAUCAUCUUUGCGUUCAUUAGCAACCCUCAACUGUAUCAGCACCAGCCGGCCCUGCAGUGGUGUGUGGCGGUCUACUCCAUCUGCUUCAUCCUGGCAGCCGUGGCCAUCCUGCUCAACCUGGGCGACUGCACCAACAUGCUGCCCAUCCCCUUCCCCAGCUUCCUGUCGGGGCUGGCCCUGCUCUCCGUGCUGUUCUAUGCCACUGCCCUUGUCCUCUGGCCCCUCUACCAGUUCGACGAGCGGUACGGUGGCCAGCCCCAGCGCAGGAGUGAUCCGGGCUGUGCCAACAGGCACCCCCACAGUGUGUGCAGCUGGGACCGCCGGCUGGCAGUGGCCAUCCUGACGGCCAUCAACCUGCUGGCAUAUGUGGCCGACCUGGUGUACUCUGCCCGCCUGGUCUUUGUCAAGGUCUAAGACUCUCCCAAGGGGCUCCCCAUUCUCUCUUCAACCUCUUCAGUCUCUGUUAUUUCUCCUUCUUGUCCUCUAAUUUCCUCUUCUGGCUCCCCUCCCUCCCUCCUACCCUUUC